AUGAGUGCGGAGUGCAGCAGUUACCACAACACCGAGGGGGUGUACGUUCAGGGCUUCUUCUGCCCCAAAGCGGGGAACGCUGCGUUGGCCGUCUACUGUUGUGGAUUCAAUGACAUGAAGUACUGCUGUGAUGAUCCGGACAGUUUUUUCCCCUAUGAGUACGGAUACAUGUGGUGGCUGAGUAUUGGCGCUCUGGUUGGUUUGUCCAUCGCAGCAGUUGUCCUUCUCGCCUUCCUCAUCACCGUUUGCGUCCUCUGCUACCUUUUCAUCGUCACCAAACCCAGUCGCCUUGACAACGGCCUGGCCCUCAGAGCGCCUGCUGGAGACUCCAGUGAGGGACCCAGUCAGGGGAGGCUGACCUCCGGUCUGCAGGCCUUCCGAAAAAACUUCACGAGCAGGAGAGUUGACUCGGACAACGAUUCAUCGGACCCGGAACGCCUUUUCCAGAGGUGUUUCACGGCAACGGUGACGGGUGUGAAAGUGGAGAGUCCCUCAUAA